AUGUCUGAAGGCAAAGCUAUUGGUAUUGAUUUGGGUACUACCUACUCUUGUGUUGGUGUCUGGCAAAACGAUCGUGUAGAAAUCAUCGCCAACGAUCAAGGUAACCGUACUACUCCCUCUUAUGUUGGUUUUACCGAUUCCGAACGUCUUAUUGGUGAUGCUGCCAAAAACCAAGUCGCCAUGAACCCUCACAACACUGUCUUUGAUGCUAAACGUUUGAUCGGUCGCCGCUUUAACGAUGCUGAAGUUCAAGCUGAUAUGAAGCACUGGCCUUUCAAGGUCAUUGAAAAGGGUGGUUUGCCCAACAUUCAAGUUGAAUACAAGGGCGAAACCAAGACUUUCACUCCCGAAGAAAUUUCCUCCAUGAUUCUCACCAAGAUGAGAGAAACUGCUGAAGCCUACCUUGGCACUACUGUCAAGAACGCUGUCAUUACUGUCCCUGCUUACUUCAACGACUCUCAACGUCAAGCUACCAAGGAUGCUGGUUUGAUUGCUGGCUUGAACGUUCAACGUAUCAUUAACGAACCUACUGCUGCUGCUAUUGCCUAUGGUUUGGACAAGAAGCACGAAGGUGAACGUAAUGUAUUGAUUUUCGAUUUGGGUGGUGGUACCUUUGAUGUUUCUCUUUUGACCAUUGAAGACGGUAUCUUUGAAGUCAAGGCUACUGCUGGUGAUACUCACUUGGGUGGUGAAGAUUUCGAUAACCGUCUCGUCUCUCACUUCAUGCAAGAAUUCAAGCGCAAGUUCAAGAAGGACAUCUCUGGUAACGCUCGUGCUGUUCGUCGUCUCCGUACUGCUUGUGAACGUGCUAAGCGUACCUUAUCUUCUGCUGCUCAAACCACCAUCGAAAUCGACUCUCUCUUCGAAGGUGUUGACUUCUACACUUCUUUGACUCGUGCUCGUUUUGAAGAAUUGAACCAAGAUCUCUUCCGUAACACCAUGGAACCUGUUGAAAAGGUCUUGCGUGACUCCAAGAUUGAUAAGGCUGCUGUUCACGAUAUUGUCCUCGUUGGUGGUUCUACUCGUAUCCCCAAGGUUCAAAAGAUGGUAUCUGACUUCUUCAACGGUAAGGAACCCAACAAGUCCAUCAACCCUGAUGAAGCCGUUGCCUAUGGUGCUGCUGUUCAAGCUGCCAUUCUUUCUGGUGACACCUCCGAAAAGACUCAAGAUCUUCUUCUUUUGGAUGUCGCUCCUCUUUCCUUGGGUAUCGAAACCGCUGGUGGUGUCAUGACUGCCUUGAUUAAGCGUAACACAACUGUUCCUACCAAGAAGUCUGAAGUCUUCUCUACUUAUGCUGAUAACCAACCUGGUGUCUUGAUUCAAGUCUUUGAAGGUGAACGUGCUCGUACUAAGGACAACAACAUCCUCGGUAAGUUCGAAUUGACCGGUAUUCCUCCUGCUCCUCGUGGUGUUCCUCAAAUUGAAGUCACUUUCGAUGUGGAUGCUAACGGUAUCUUGAACGUCUCUGCCCUUGACAAGACUACUGGUAAAUCCAACAAGAUCACCAUCACCAACGAUAAGGGUCGUCUAUCUAAGGAGGAUAUCGAACGUAUGGUGAACGAAGCUGAAAAAUACAAGGCUGAGGAUGAAGCUGCUGCUGCUCGUAUCCAAUCCAGAAACGGUCUUGAAUCUUAUGCUUACAACCUCCGUAACACUCUCCAAGAGGAAAACAUCAAGGAUAAACUUGAUGCUGCUGACAAGGAAAAGUUGGACAAUGCCGUCAAGGAAGCUAUUGACUGGUUAGAUAACUCUCAAGAAGCCUCUAAGGAAGAAUACGAAUCUAAGCAAAAGGAAUUAGAAGAAAUUGCCAACCCUAUCAUGAUGAAGAUGUAUGGCCAACAAGGUGGUGCUCCUGGUGGUGCUCCUGGUGGUGCUCCAGGAGGUUUCCCUGGUGGUGCUCCUGGCGGUGCUCCUUCUGCCGAUAAUGACGGUCCUUCCAUUGAAGAAGUCGAUUAA